GUAUCACAAAUUUAGAUUCCAUCUCAACGCAAAAUAUAACUUAUGGCCUAUGGCUCGUGUUCCAAAAAACGUACCACGUUCCAUUAUCGGUACAGCUUCCCUGAUAGGGUCGUUGUAAGAAGCUUAUGAUUCAGUUCAAUCAUAGACAUCUUCCCAAGCGGACGCGUAAUCGCACAACACUAGAACAACAUGUUGCAGAGUAUAAGUUCACAAAUUUUAACGGUGGUAAUCUUCAUAGGAGCUGCUCAUGGUAUACUGGUCGUGGGUCCCAAAUUUAUUCGGGCUAACCAAGACUACACGGUUGCGAUCAGCAACUUUAAAUCGAAUCUGACCAAUGUUAACCUAAUAUUACGUAUCGAAGGUCGUACGGACGAUGGAAGAAACGUUCUUAACGUAACGAAGAUGGUUAAUCUGCCGAACAAUGUGAAUAAAAGAAUCUUCUUUAAGAUGCCUAAGGACUUAUCAUCUGGAUUCUACAAAAUUAUGAUCGAAGGACAGCGAGGCUUUGCCUUUUACAAGAAAGCUACUUUGGUGUACCUUGGAAAAUCCGAAUCUGGCUUAAUACAGAUCAAUAAACCAGCGUUCAAACCGGGCGAUACGGUUCAAUUUCGUGUGAUUGUGUUGGAUACCGAGUUGAAACCUCCAUCGCGUGUAAAAACAGUUCACGUGACGAUCUGUGAUCCUCAAAACAAUGUGGUUCGGCAGUGGGCCUCGGCAGAACUGCAUGUCGGAGUGUUUGAGAAUAAUCUUCAAAUCUCGCCGACUCCAAUGCUCGGUAUAUGGAACAUCUCGGUACAGUUGGACGGAGAACUACUCGUAUCCAAGACAUUCGAGGUAAAGGAGUAUGUGUUGUCUUCAUUUGACAUAGAGGUGGUACCAACCGUUAUUCCUCUGGGGGAGCACCAAAGUUUGAGUCUGACGAUAACAGCUAACUACCAUGUUCGAAAACCGGUGAAGGGUUUGGCCAUAGUGGAGUUGUAUUUGGAAGACGAUAAGUUAUACCAGCAAAAAGAGUUCGAAAUACACGGCAUUCGACAUGUAGAGAUGCGAUUCUUUCGAAGCUUGGAGAUGCAGGACGACCAACAAGAUGUACGUGUAAAGACGACCUUCAUCGAGCAGAGUUCAAAUCACACCGUGGUGAAAGAAUCUCAAAUCACUGUGUACAAAUAUGUGUACAGUGUGGAGUUGAUAAAAGAUAUCUCUUACUUCCGUCCGGGACUUCCCUUCAAAUGUGCGCUUCAGUUCCGAUACCACGAUGGAACACCUGCUAAAGGUAUCACCGGUAAGGUAGAAGUGAUGGACAUCGAAUACCAAACUAAUGCCACUAGUGACGAUGAAGGUUUGAUCAAAUUAGAGCUGAAUCCGACCGACAAUAUAGAAGAGAUGUAUAUAACCUUUUCUAACCAAGACGGAUUCUACUUUAACGAGGGAGUGGACAAAGCGGGUGGCGUUACAAAUGUGUUUAUAAAACUGGAAUUAAACUCACCGAUUAAGAAGAACAAGAUAUUGCAAUUUUGGGUAACGUCUAACGAACAAAUGACAUUCUUCGUCUACUAUGUGAUAUCGAAGGGCAACAUCAUUGAUGCCGGUUUUAUCAGUCCGAAUAAGCAGAAUAAAUAUCCACUUCGGUUCAAGGCCACGGAGAAGAUGAUACCGAAGGCGAAAGUUAUCGUAAUGACUGUAGUAAACAAAACGGUAUUGCACGACGUCUUGGACAUUGAUUUCGAUGAGCUUCUAAACAAGAUUAAAAUGAGCAUUAACAAGCAGGAAGUUAAACCAGGACAGGAAAUUGAGAUUCUCAUGUCUGGACGACCAGGAUCGUAUGUUGGAUUAGCGGCUUACGUCAAAGAUGUGUUGGAAUUUAACCAGAACCAUGAUUUGUUCUGGAAGGACAUCAUGCGCGUGUAUAACGGAUUCGGCCUGAACGUCGAGAAUGAGUUUGACAAGUUUAGUAGUAUGGGAGUGUUCGUAACGACGUUGGAUGACAUCACCUUCAAUGAAGCCCACGAUAUGUUGGCACGAGAAGGACUGUAUACAGACAAUCCCAUAACUAAAUUAGCCUUGUACCGCACGAACUUUGCAGAAUCAUGGUUAUGGAAGAAUGUUACCAUUGGAGGGUCUGGAACUCACAAGAUGAUCGAGGUAGUACCGGAUACAAUCACAUCUUGGUACUUGACGGGGUUCUCCAUUGAUCCGGAGUAUGGUUUUGGCAUCAUCAAAAAGCCCAUUGAGUUCACGACGAUUCUACCAUUCUACAUUGUUGAUAGCCUUCCGUACUCCAUCAAACGAGGUGAAGUCGUCGAGUUGCAGUUUACACUGUUUAACAAUCUUGGAGAAGAGUACAACGCUGAAGUGACUCUGUACAACGUGUUCAAACAGAUGGAAUUUAUUGGACGUCCUCUGGAAGCUGAAAACUACACGAAAUCCGUGAGCGUUCCUUCAAAGCUUGGUGUUCCAAUCUCAUUUCUGGUGAAGGCGCGAUCACUUGGAGAGAUCACUGUACGGAUUGAAGCUACGAUCAAGUCUAUUCAAGAAAAGGAAGGACUGGAGAAAGUGAUCCGAGUUACGCCAGAAAGUUUGCUAAAGCAGGAAUCUCGAUCGUUUUACUUCGAAACAAAGAGCAAUCGUACCUUCUUUAUUUAUUUAGAUAUGAAAUGGCCGAAGGUAGAUAAAGGUUUGUCAAAGAUUAUGUUCCGAGUGAAUCCCAAUCUGCUUCAAACACUUACUAUAAACAACUUAUAUGAUCUGCUUGCUGUCUGGUAUGGUGAUGGAGAGCAGACUAUGGCUAACUUUGCACCAAACAUCUUGGUGCUCGAUUACUUGUUUGCUAUUGGUUCGAAGGAACAGAAUCUCAUCGUUAGAGCUACCUUUAUGAUACUCCAAGGGUACUUCAAUCAGAUGCUUUAUCAUCAGACAGAUGGAUCAUUUGGUGUGUGGCAAAAUUAUGGUGGCAGCGUCUUCCUUACCGCUUUCGUCGCGAAAUCGAUGCAAACUGCGUCGAAAUUUAUAACCGAAGUUGAUGUAGCGAUGGUCGAGAAGGCUUAUGAUUGGCUUGCUUCGAAGCAACACAGCUCCGGAAGAUUCGAUGAGGUUGGUCAUGUGCAGCAAAAAGAUAUGCAAGGCGGUCUACGUAAUGGCAUUUCACUGACAUCAUACGUGCUGACAGCGCUUCUAGAGAACGAGAACGCCAAAGUGAAGCACGCGGCAGUGAUCCAAAAGGCAAUGAGUUACCUCAGCAGUAAGGUGGAAUACAUCCAAAAUCCUUACGAUCUGUCUAUUGCGACCUACGCGUUGAUGUUGUACGGACAUGAAAAGAAGACUACAACAUUAGACAAGCUCAUCGGUCUUUCUACAACCACAAAUCAUGAUAACGAUAUGGUACGAUACUGGAACACGACCAACAGCAUAGAAGCGACCGCUUACGCGUUGUUGUCAUUUGUGUUAGCGGAGAAGUAUGAGGACGGUAUUCCGGUGAUGCGAUGGCUAGUAAAUCAACGCUAUGUUACCGGAAGCUUCCCACGCACUCAGGACACCUUCGUAGGACUGAAGGCAUUGACAAAGUUGACGGAAAAAAUUUCUCCCUCGCGAAAUAACUACACCAUUCAGCUGAAGUAUAAGAAGGCUACGCGGUAUUUCCACAUAAACUCACAAGACGUGAAUAUUAUCGACUUCGAGGACAUACCGGAGGACACAAAGUCUCUGGAGAUCAAUGUUGAUGGAGUCGGGUUCGGAUUGUUGCAGGUGAUUUAUCAGUACAGUUUAAAUAUCGUGAACUUCGAGCAGCGAUUUAAGCUGGAUGUAGAUAAACAAAACACUGGCUCCGACUACGAACUGCGGCUGAAGGUGUGUGCUAACUACAUACCAAAAUUGAUGGAUAAGCGUUCGAACAUGGCGCUGAUCGAGGUGUACUUCCCUAGCGGAUACGUUGUCGACCAGAAUGCGAUCAGCGAGCAGACUUACUUCAAUCCGAUACAGAAAACCGAAAUUAGGUACGGCGGCACAUCCGUUGUUGUGUAUUACAACAAUAUGGGCUUCGAGUGGAACUGCUUUACCGUGACGGCUUACAGACGGUUGAAGGUGGCUCUGAAGCGUCCAGCAUAUGUAGUCGUGUACGAUUAUUACGACCCCAAUUUGAAUGCCAUAAAAUUGUACGAAGUGGAUAAUCAAGAAGUUUGCGAAAUAUGCGACGAAGGUGAUUGUCCCAAGGAAUGCAAGAAAGGUUGAUUAACCUGUUUCAAAUCACAAGCCAGCAAUAAAAUGUUUCUCCCAAGAAGAGGUACGAUAUGGGCAGCUUCGACUUGAAUUCGGUUCAGUCUAUACAUGCCUAGUGAAAUAAACUAAAUGUAAAUCCUAUUAUGCAAUCCAUCGAAAUUAAACUUCUUUGAGAAAAACUCUCGAAACUGUUAGAGUUGCGCGGUAAAGAAAUGUAAUAGAAAACGCGUGCAGUCUUGGUGCCGUUCUGUUUCCAACUGUAUAUUCAUUUGUCCGAGUUCAUUUUUACAUGCAAAGUUCACUUACUGCCCUAAAUGAAUAGUCCAAACAACUUAUCUAGUAUGAUUCCUAAAUAAAUUAAUUCAUGUAACUCCUAAUCUAUUUUCAACACAUGUCGUUGUAUUAUACACUUUACGUUUUGUUGAAUAAAAUUGCACAUAUAAAUCGUCAUGUGUACCUACUUUGAUUGAUUGAUAAUUGAUUAUGCGUGUUGAAAAAAUGGUUAUGCCUACUUGAUAACUUCCGUAUGAAAAUCACAAAAGAACUCAUAAUAUUGGCCAGAGGCCACCUAGCGAAACGAAAAGUAGCGGUAAACAUAUUCUCAUACCUAACGAACGUUCUGCGAAAAUUUCAUAUAAAUUGGUUCAGCUGUUUAAGUGGAGUUUGC